CUUAGUUCAUUACCCCUUAACUUCUUCUUUAAUUUUGUGUCUUAUUUCUCUCAUAUGAAUCCACUAUCAGCCCCAAAUAUGGGAAUUGAGACCUUGAACGGUGCGAAUUUUUCUUCAUGGAAAGAUUCACUGAUGCUAACUCUUGGCAUGUUGGAUUUUGAUUAUGCACUGAGAGAGCCUGCCCCUCCUGCACUCACUGAUAAAAGUACUACUGAAGAUAAAAUAGUACAUGAGAGAUGGGAGAGGUGCAACAGAAUGGCUCUUAUGCUCAUUAAAAAUUCCAUCAGCGUAAUCAUCAAGGGAGCUAUUCCAGAUUCAUCUAAUGCUAAAACAUAUCUGGCUUCUGUGGAGGAACAAUUCAAAGCAACUUCUAAGGCACAUGCUAGUACUCUUAUUUUGAAUAUGGUGACUACGAAAUAUGACGGGAAUAACGGCAUUCGUGAGCACAUCAUGAUGAUGAACGACAUGGCCCGUAAGCUUAAGGGAUUAUACAUGGAGAUCAGUGAAGGUUUUCUGGUGCACUUCAUAAUGACUUCUCUUCCUGCAUCUUUUGAAGCUUUCAAGGUCAACUACAACACCCAGAAGGUCAAGUGGUCGAUGAAUGAGUUGAUUGUUAUGUGUGUACAAGAAGAAGAGCGUCUGAAGCUGGACAAACCUGAUGUGGCUUACCUCAUGACCACUAAUCCAAAGAAGAGGAAGGGAAAUGUCGAUAAGAAGGAAGUUUCUAAAGUCCAGAAACGUGAUGCAAAUGCUUCUUCCAGCUCUAAGAACUCCAAAGGGAAGUCUUGCUGCAAGUUCUGCCGCAAGGAGGGACAUAGACAGAAAGACUGCCAAGAUUUUAAGGAGUGGCUGACGAAGAAAGGAAAGAAAUCGAGCCUAAGAUAUAUGAAAGUAUGGGGUUGUCUUGCCGAAGCUAAACUUUAUAAUCCCUUCUUGAAGAAACUCGACAUGAAAACUGUAACUUGCUACUUCAUUGGUUAUCCUUCUCACUCAAAGGGUUACAGAUUUUAUUUUCCUUUCCACGUCACUCGCAUUGUAGAAACCAAAGAUGCUCAUUUCCUUGAAGAUUUUAAGGUCAGUGGGAGCAGUGAAAACCCUUAUGAUGAAUUGCUAGAAGUACAAGACGCGGGGGGGAGAGACUUGUCGAUUACUUUACCUCCAAUUACUCCUCUUGUACUCAAUGCCAAUCCGCAGGACACUGCACCACAUUCUACUCCCAAUGUACCUAGAAAUGAAGAUGCCUCAAAUGAUCACCAUCAAGACAAUGCCGCCAAUGCUCAACCCGAAAAUUUGCUCACGAGACCCUUGUCAUGGCCAGUAGCAGCUGUGGAUAGCCGUGUGGUGUUGGUGGAGGGCGAAUCGCAGGAGCAAUGGCUUGUCCGGUGGUCUGACGGCCUGGAUGAUCAUAUGACGUGGGAACCAGUCACCACUCUUCGUGACCACUUUCCCGACUUACGCCUUGAGGACAAGGUUGUGCCUAACCCCGGGGGAGUUGAUACGGACACAAUUGGGCCUCAGGUGGGAGACAAUGCAGCUUCGGGACGUCCACGCAGGAAGGUCGGGCUGCCCCGACGUUACAACGAUUAUGUUUGAAUUUAUAAUUCUUAUUUAUUAUUGUAUCUUAGAGUUUAUUAGGGGAGCAUAAUUAUAAUGCUCCUUCGAGGGUUUCUUUUUGGUUCUUUACCUCGUCGCUUUUCCUUGAACCGACAGGAUAGACAACUAGAUAAUUAGGCUCGGAGAAUUUAUAUAAAUAGGGCAUGCUAAACCCUAUUACUAUCAAGCAAUAAUAAUAAUUCUCCUCUCCU